UUCUCUGUUCUUAACCAUUUUACUCAAGCAGCCCAAACUCUUUCACGGUUCCCGGUAUCUGAUUAUCAGUCAGCUGAUCGUAGAGAUGAGUUUAGUCUGUUUCCAUCUACCUGCAGCGACGAUCGGCGCCUUCGUGGCAGAACUGAACGGCGGAUACAGUUUAUUUUUCAACGACACCUUCUGCUUUUAUCAAACAUUUUUCUACAAAUGUGCCAAUGUCACCAGUAUGUGGGGAUUGUUGGCGCUGGCCGUUAACCGGUUCAUCGCUGUUAAUGCGCGCGGACCGCGACAGUAUGAGAUCUGGUCAUCCAAAUUUGUCCAGUUGACAGAGGUUUUCAUAGCGUGGGUAGUCGGCUUUUCUGUCCAUCUAUAUUUCUUCAUCAACCCCGAAGGUCCCGCCACGGUCCCAACCAUCUUUCCCUUACGCCAGUGCCGCACCUUGCCCUAUAAAGCUCUCGACGUGGCGCAGACCGUGGGUAUCUACGUUCCUUUAGGCUUCACUGCCGGCAUCUAUGUUCUGCUGACCAGUAAACUCCUGCUCCUGAAGAUGCGUCGCAACCGCACCAGCCAGGCCAGCGCAGCCGAACAGUCCAGCCAGAACCGGCGUAUCCUACUGGCUAAAGUGUUGUGCGUUACCGCCACGAUUCACAGCGUGGCUUUCCUCUUGUACCCGGUCACCCUGAUGAUCGCCCAGGGAAGACCCAUUACUAAUCCGGUGAUGGGGCUGUGGUUCCGCACGGCGUUCCAUGCUGGGCAAUUGUCGACACCGAUUACGUUUUUCAUUAUGAGCCGGGAUUGCCGUAAAGCUCUGAAAGCCUUGGUGGCGCCGGAGGGCGAGGUCAGCGUUGUAUACGUCUCUGGGCACACAAAUAACACGGGCAGUCCCAACAGCAAAGGAACCAAUUCUUCCCACGUCCCUUCAUCGCACCACCAUUAAUGUCAUGCAUUUCCGAUAGUUCCAUGUUUUCCCGUUAUUUAUGUAAUUCCGAUAUCUUUUUACCAGGCAACAGCCAUGCAGUUAACAAAAAAGCGCGCGGUUGUUCUACUCGAUAGUUAAAGUUUAAACAUUGGAAAGACAACCAAAAUUCAGGAUAUUUCCCUUUCGUUGUUGCGACAUUGCGAAAAACUUACAUACCUACUGCCUUUCAUAUGGGAAUACGUCAAACAUACCGGGGUAACAUCAACUUUUGCUGUUCGCGUGUAUGCGUGUUUUGUUUUCUGUUUACUCGCACUGUAUCUCGGUGUAUUUCGGUUAAUUUAGUCCAUAAGCUUAUGCUCAU